AAUAAAAUAUUUUAAGUGAUAGUUAAAGUUAUUUGAAGAUCUACUAAUGUGAAGUACCUACAAUGCUAAUCGCACACGCGGCGGUGGCGCCGAAUCGCCAGCACCGCCACCACCGCCGUCGCCGCCACAACCGCUGUCACCACCCGACAUCGGAACACGAUAGGAGCGCGGCCACGCGGGACGGGACGGUAUUGACCUUGAGCCGGGAAAACGAAAAAGCGGAAUAGAAAUAAUAAUCAGCACAGCCGCCGCGCCGCCGAUCUAAUUAUUAUUAUUAUUGCGCCGCGGCGGCGGCGGCGGUGGCCGAGAGGUGUCUGUCGCGGCCCCGUACCCCGCCGACGGGGGGGCGGGAACGCAGUGCGCGCGGGCCAAUGAGCGUGCGCCGUCCCACCCACUGACCGGCGGCACCCGGCGCGGCGCCGCGUCGGUGAUCGGGAUCGCGCGCCGAACCUGAGGCCACCGUCGGCAUUGCAGAAACUGCACCGAUCGCACCCUGACGCCGCGCGUCUCACACCGAACACGUCGCGCGUGUCGUACGCCUCACGCGGUACACCUACCAUACGUUUUACAUACCGUCGUUUUAUAAUUUUUUAUUUUAUACGACAGCAUAUAAUAAUAUCAUCGUGACCGUUCUUUAAAUUAUUUCAUUCGUCCGUUGUCUGCGAUGUGAAUUAUCACACCUUUUACCAUCAUCGUCGUCGUAAUUACUCAUGUGUUACAUCGCUGCUCGCGAUGCGGUAUCUUCCGUGAAUUUUUAACACGACGCCGUAACAGCAAAGUGAUUUUAAGUCGACUGCAAUAAUUAUAUUUAAUUAUUUUUGAUAUUUUUUUACCCGCUUCCCCUCGCUCGCCACUUGAGUUUUCGUAUAUUAUAUCAACAUGGAAGCUGACGAUCCACGGCUGGCCGACGAGUACGUCAACGAGUUCGUGCUCGACCACUUGGACGUAUCGACGGUAAAACGCGAGAUCCAAUCGUCCGACUAUCACCACCAUCACCACCAACAGCCACAUCAGGAACAUGGGGGCCAUCACCAUCACCACCAGCACCACCAGCAGCAACAACAACAACACUCACCUUGUAAUGGUGGUCGGGGGACCGCCAGCGUGGCUGGCCGUCUGCCGCCUAUGCCCAUCACGGGCGUCAACAACGGGUCCCCGGCCACGGCGGCUGCACCCGCCUCAACCGUCGGAGCUGCCACUGCGACGUUGGUGCAGUCAUCGCCACCGCCGUCGCACUACCUGCUCACGCCACCGGGUUGUGAACAGGAAUACCCACACCACCAUCCACUCAUCAGACACCAGCACGCUAUUAACCAGGUAAUUGACGGUGUGGGUGGCGCGGGUGCAGGAAUGGUGAUACACAGCCACGCGGCAGCCACGGCAGCGGCGGCCACCGGCGUGCUGAUAACCGGAGGCACGCCCGCGGUCAAAGUUUCGGGGGCCGAAGCCGCGCCUGUCGGUUCCAUGAUGUACCCGAGCACGCCGGGGACGCCGCCCGACACGCCGCCGGUGAGCUCAUCACCACCGCCGUCCACGCCGAUCCCGCAACCGGUAUUUAUGGAAGAAAUGAUGUGGUUAACGCAGUCGUUGCGCCAGGGACAGGAACCGCUGGACUUGCGACCAAACUAUGCGGGCUCCGACGAAAUGCAACAGCACCAGCACCAGCACCAGCAUCAGCACCACCCGCACCACCAUCACCAUCACCACCACCAUCAACAACAACAGCAACAAGAACAACGCGAAGAUGAAGAACAGCAACAACAACAGCAGCAGCAGCAGCAGCAGCAGCAGCAACAGCAGCAGCAGCAGCCGGUUUCGGCGGACGUGGAAUGGAAUAUGGUACAACACCAACACUUGACCGUGAUACAGCCGAGUAACAGUAAUAACAGUUGCUCUGCAGUUGGUGGCAAGGUACCGCCGUUUGGUCGCCCGUCCCUCCUGAUGCAAGGGUUAUUGAGUCCAGGCUCGUCAAACAGUGUCGUCUACAACAAUUACACGAAUAGCUGCUCCCUGUACCAGCCGCUGUUCUCGUCCCAACGACUGAUGCCCCAGCGCCAGAGCCGGCCGCUGAGCGUGUCAAGCGAUAGCGUCAUGUCGCCCGUGAGCUCCCGCGGGGGCGGUGGCAGCAGCUUGUACACCCGUGGCGGCGGCUCAUCCGACGACUUGAUCAACGACGCGCUGCUGCUGCAGCUGCCGGUACGUGAUCUCAACAAGCGGCUGCAGGGCAUCUCCAAGGAGGAGAUCGCCCGGCUCAAGCAGAAACGGCGGACGCUCAAAAACCGCGGGUACGCGCAGAGCUGCCGGACCAAGCGGAUGAACCAACGCAUCGAGCUGGAGAACGCCAACGAGAUACUGGUGACCGAGCUGCAUAAGGUGAAAUCGGAGCUGGCACGUAUCAUGCAGGAACGCGACAUGUACAAGCAGCGGUUUUCCGCGCUGGCCGUAGCCAGGGAAUCGAUGAGCACCGCGGCCGCGGCAGCAGCCGUCGCUGCCACUUCAUCGGCGUCGUCCACCUCGUCGGUGGCCGCGGCCGCUGCCCAGCGCGUCGACAGUAGUUCCAAUUCGCCAGAGCUCUACCUGUGA